AUGGCUACAAACUUCCACAUCGGCCAGCGCCUGUCCUUUGACUCGUCGCUCUGCACCGUGCGCUACGUCGGCGAAGUCGCCGGCACGACGGGCGCCUGGAUCGGCGUCGAGUGGGACAAUGCCUCGCGCGGCAAGCACGCCGGCGUGCACAAGGGCGUGCGAUACCUGACAUUGACGCCCCCGCAUGAAGGCAAGAACAAGUCCCCCACGGCCGCCUCGUUCGUGCGCGCCACGCGCCGCCCGGACUGGCCGCGGUCCUUCGUCUCGGCCGUCCAGGACAAGUACGCCUCCGAGGUCGGCGCCGACGGCAGCGUCUCGGCCGGCGUGGGCGCCAGGGCCAUCGUCUUCUCGGGCAAGGUCGCCGAGGAGGUCGGCUUCGACAAGGUGCGGCGGCAGCUCGCGCGCCUCGACGAGCUCAAGGUCGUCAUCCUCGACGGCAUGCUCAUCGACUCGGCCGGAGGCGGCGACGAGGCGGCGGGAGAGAAGUCCAUCGCCGAGACGUGCCCGCGCAUCACCGAGCUCGACAUCAGCCGGAACCUGUUUGAGCGGCUCGCGACGGUCGUGGAGAUUUGCGCGCAGCUGAAGGACUUGAAGGGCUUGCGGCUCAAUGGGAAUCGCUUUACGGAUAUAGUGGGAGACGAAGUACUCAACACUGCGCAGUCCAUCUUUGCCGGCGUCAGGGAGCUCGCCCUCGAGGAAACGCUCCUGACGUGGGAGGAGAUCUGCCACGUCGCCUCCAAGUUCCCGGCGCUCACGUCGCUGCAGGUCGGCACGAACCAGCUGUCCUCUCUCUCCGAGACGGCUAGUCUCCAACUCCCAGCGACACUCACAACCCUGAACCUAGAAUACAAUGACUUCACGGCCCUGUCCGACCUGGCGGGCCUCACUGUCCUCAAGAACCUCCGCAACCUGCACCUCAAGGGCUGCAACACCACCUCCGUCGCCUCCUCCCCCUCCAUCCAGGCCCCAGUCUUCCCUAGUACCAUACAGUACCUCGACAUAUCCUACAACCAAGUCUCGUCCUGGCCCCUAGUCGACGCCCUCCCGCACUCCUUCCCGGGCCUCUCCUCCCUCCGCCUCUCCCACAACCCCAUCUACGAGAAUCCGGGCCUGGACUCUGACCCAGACUCCUCACGCACCAGCGCAGCAGCAGGAGGUAGCGGCGGUAGCGCCACCGUCACAGAGGAGGCCUACAUGAUCGCCGUCGCUCGCCUCGCCCCGCUGCGCGCCCUCAACUUCAGCGCCGUCACGCCCGACGACCGCACCAACGCCGAGAUGUUCUACCUGUCGCGCAUAGCGCAGCAGAUGGCCGCCGUGCCCGAGGGCGCCGAGGCCUCGGUCGCGGCCCGGCACCCGCGCUACGCCGAGCUGUGCGAUCUCUACGGCGAGCCGGCCGUCGUGCGCGCGUCCGAUGUCAACCCCAAUUUCCUCGAGGCGCGGCUCGUCAACGUGCGCUUUGUCACCUCCGCCGCAGGAGCAGCAUCGGGGGGGUCUGGAGCAGGGGGGGGAGGAGGAGGAGGAGAAGGAGGAAAGGGAGAAGAAAAGACGGCGCAGAUACCAAAGUCGCUCGACGUCUACGCCGUCAAGGGCAUCGCGGCGCGCAUGUUUGGCCUGUCGCCCCUGCGGCUGGGCCUGGUCUGGGAGACGGGCGAGUGGGACCCCGUGGCGGACUACGACUACGUGCCCGAGGAGGACGAGGACAGCAGCGAAGGCGAGGAGGCCGAGGCGGCGAUGGAGAAGAGGCAGGCCCUGAGCGGCGGCGGCGUCGGGGCGGUAGACGAGGAGAAGAUGAUGGCUAGGAAGGGCGGGCGGUGGGUCAAGCGCGAGGUCGAACUCAAGGACAGCCCGCGGCAGUUUGGGUUCUGUGUCGAUGGCCUCGACGUGCGGAUCCGGGUGGAGGCGCGGUGA